CAGCGUGUCGUUUUUUUACACGCUGGAUGCUGAUGUGUACCAAUUCCGUCACGAUCUCCAAAUCCCUGAACACUAACAUGGGGUUCCCAAUUUGCAGUUAGGUCCCCGCCCAAGUCCAAAUCCCUAACUCUGUAAUUCAUUUCACCUGCUCCGAUCAUCUUCUGUACUGCCAAAUUUUAAAAAUGGAGGAAUUAGUUGCCGUGAUUCUGUCUAUGCUUCUUGUUGUUGCUUUGAUUCCGUUGUAUCUAAGGAAACGCCGGCAGGAUUCGGGAUCACCUCAGGAACACGAAGAAGACCGUCAGGUUCCAAUGAGGGAAGCUGUGGUUGGCGCCAUUGGUGCUCGUAGGAUGCGUAGGAGACCAGCCGCUGGAGCUAGCACAUCAUCAGCUGCAGCUGCAGCUUCAAGCACUGCAGGUGCUGUACCAUAACCCUUGACCCAUAAUCAAAUGCG